CUGUCACGUGAUCAGGCUACCUCUCGCUGGCCGGUGAGAUAAAGACAGCGACCGCGGGGAACUACAUUUCUGCCAACUGCUCUCUUCUAUGCUAUAUUUAUUACGUCGAGAUAGGCAGAGUUUGUGUUUAAUUAUGUGAUCGAAAAUAUAUGGCAAAGCUGCCGAACCGCAGUAUACCCGACGAAUUAUUCGCGUUGUUUAGAAACUCAAUAUAUUUAUUCACCUGUGUGUUUAGAUUGCCUAGCCAAUACAUAUAUCUUACUUGUGCCACGCCGUCUUAUAAUGCUCUCGAACACCGAAAAAGAGUUGAUUGUACAGAUAUGGGACAAAAUGCUUCCAGUGGCAGAAGAAAUUGGAUCUGAGGCUCUUUUAAGGAUGUUCACAACGUUCCCCAAAACAAAGACAUACUUCUCUCAUCUAGAUAUCAGCCCCCGUUCAGAGCAUUUACGCUGCCACGGGAAGAAAAUCGUCCAGGCUUUAGCCGAGGGUGCGAGGAACAUAAGCACACUUACUACUACGUUGGCACCACUAAGCAGGUUCCAUGCCUAUCAACUGCGAAUACAUCCUACAAACUUCAAGCUUCUCAAUCAUUGCAUCCUUGUGACGUUAGCCUGCCAUAUGGGUGAAAACUUCACACCUGUUGCACACGCGGCGAUAGACAAGUUUCUUUCGGCAUUCUCAGCUGUUUUAGCCGAAAAGUUCAGAUGAAGACCCCUCCAAAGAAGAAUGGGAUGGUUCUGAGAACUCUAUCUUUAAUAAAUAAAUAGCCUAAUAGGGUGAAUUCGGGUAAUCUGGGACAUUUUUUGCAAUUUUGACUUCUGCGAUUUAUUUCGAUAUCUAUCUAACACAUUAGAUCAACACAUUAGACUUUUCUGAAAUCCCUAAGAUGUUUUCUAACCACACCAGAAGAAAGAAUGUUGAUAUUGUACCCAGAGGAGACAUGCCACACCUAUUAGUGUUUUUUGUGCCAAAAAAAAAAAUCUGCCUGAAUUUGAUAAUCUGGGACAGGUCACUUUGUAAUCUGGGACAUAUGUAUUAGGCCUAAA